AUGCCUCGGUGCAUCACACGCCGCCUUUGGGUGCUCCUUGCCAUCACGCUGGUAGCCGUCUUUCUCUUCACAGUCCAGCUGCAACAAGCUCGUUUGAUAGACGCUAGCGGCAAGAAAGCCGGCGAUGGCCGCCACAACUUUCAAGCAGCCAAUCCUCUUACGAGCAGCACAGCUGCCGCCAUACCCUCAAGCUCUCGCCCACCGGCACCGCCCUUGGCACCUGGUCAUCCCUCACCGGAUUACACACGAGCACUUGUGGUCGCAAAGUUAAAGGAAGAGGACACUACCUGGGUCGACAGAGUGGUUCAAAAUGACCCCAACAUCACCACCGCAGUCUACGUGGUGGACGACCCAGAGGCAGACCCUUUCAUUAUCAAGAACAAGGGUAACGAGCUGAUGCCGUAUCUGACCUACAUCAUCGACAACUACGAAAACCUUCGGAAUAUCACCAUUUUCAUGCACGCACAUAAUGCGACAUGGCACAAUAACGACUUCUUCAACGGAAGCUCCGAAAUGACGCUGAGCAGACUGAACAGCGAACACGUCAUCCGUGAAGGAUACAUGAAUCUUCGGUGUAAGCAUGACCCGGGUUGCCCAGACCAUAUCCACCCAAUGGCCAGUGGCGACGAAGAUAUCCGUGCUAUCCCUGAGGCAGCUGUGUUCGGCAGGGCAUGGAAGGAAUUACUUCCCGAUGACCCUGUUCCGGACGUCCUCUCGCAGCCAUGCUGCAGUCAAUUCGCAGUGAGCGCCGAACGCAUUCGUGCAAUCCCCCUCCCAAGGUAUGUCUUUUGGCGGGACUGGGUUCUCCGCACGCCGCUGUAUGAUCGGUUAACGGGGCGUGUAUGGGAAUAUCUCUGGCAGUAUAUCUUCACAGGCAAAGCGGUCCUUUGCCCCGAUGAGCUCAUCUGUGCUUGUAAAGGAUACGGGGCACAAAGCGAAGCUUGCAGGUCAGCCUUGUCUCCUACAACAAGUAUGGCACCUGAAAGGGACCAGCACGCAGCCACCAAGACCGGGGGCAAACCACGGUCUUAA